AUGCGCGGGCUUAUGAUCCCUCCUGUCACAAAAGUGACUCUUCUGCUGCUAGUUCUUUUUUCCCUAGUCGUAUGUCUCUUCCGCUUAAAUAUUUACAACCGCCUCUUGGCCAUUGCCGAGGGCCCUCAAGUCCAACCAGAAACAGACAGUAGGCCCGUUCCUAAACCCUCAAAACCAGUUUAUGCAGAUAUCUCAAUCCCCUUCUUGACAUUGGUCCCUGGCCUUUCUGUUUUUUAUCCUUGGGUCCUCAUCACUACCACCUACGUGGAAACAACAAUCCUCGGUUUCUUGGCUACUGGUGCUACCUUGCUCUACGGUGGCCGGUACUGUGAGCGUGUAUGGAACUCAAAAGAGCUCGCCCGUUUUCUGUUGAUUGUGGGUGUCAGUAGCAAUGUGGCUGCUUGGGCCACUGCCAUUUUCGAAUACGCGUUAGUCUCUGCCACUGUAGCUGAGAAAAAUGCUGAUAACUCAAACACAUCAACACCUGUUGGCAAAGAGUUUUACCUGCUACAGCCCAUCAAUGGUGGCAUUGCGUUCCAGUUGGCCUUUUUAGUAGCUCUGAAACAACUUGUUCCUGAGCACUCCAUUGUGUUGUUCCGUGGUCUUUUCACCAUCAAGGUCAAGCAUCUUGUGUUCCCAACUCUUGUUCUCUACACCCUGAUUGGUAUUGUUUACUUCCGCGAUUUGCCCUUUAUUUCCCAAGUCUGGGCUGGGUUCUUCGCGUCUUGGAUCUACCUGCGUUUCCUGCGUUAUACAUAUGUGGAUCCUGUAUUGCCAACAACUACUGCAGCCACCAGCAAUGACUCUGGGGUCUCAAUUAAAAGUGCCCCAGGUAAGAUUCGCAUUCGUGGUGAUGCUAGCGAGGUCUUUUCUCUCGCUAAUUUCUUUUACCCCGCGCUACUCCGCGAUCUGAUCCAAAGCCUGGCCACCGUGGUGUUCCGCACGCUUGUAGCAAUCAAAAUUUGCACGCCAUUUGCUCAAGACGAGGUCGAGCAAGGCAAUCUGCGUGCAUCUAUUCGAACGACAGGCAAUACUGCGGCGUCUGCGGGAGGAAAUGGUGCGGGACCCUCUUCUGCAGCAGGGCCUCGUUCUGCAGCCGAAAUUGAGGCUGAUCGGCGUAGAGCCCUAGCCCUGAAAGCUCUUGAUGAGAAACUGAAAACAGCCCAGUAG